GUCCUACUCGCACCCCAUUCCCAUUUCGUUUCAAUUCGCAAUCCCUCCCCACCUCGCUCCGCGACGAGAUUCCUGUAGCAGAUAACUCCCUUCCCUUCACCUCCUUCCAAUUCCUCGUUCCCCUCCUCCUCCUCGUCGAUCGAUCGAGGCAGCCGAACUCGUACCCCGUCUUCCUCUGCUAUGGCGUCCCUCUUUAGGGCUCGCCGUCCGGCGGAGGAGGGCGGAUCGGGCGGGAAAAUCCUCCGCGGCCGGCGAGGAGGUUCCGCGUCGCAGUCCUCCCCCUACGCGCGCCCUCCGCCGCCCGCUCUCCCACCCCCUCCCCCUCCCGCCGGCAGCCCUAGGUGGCUCCUCGGCCUCGUCUCAGGCGCUGGGAAGCUCAUCUCCUCCGUGUUCCGCUCCGAUAGCAGCUCCUCCGCCUCCUCCUCGGAUUACUCCUCGGAUGAGGACUGCAUCCCUCGCAACGAUGAAGAGGAGGAUACUGAAGCACGUGCAGACCUUCAUGAACUCAAUCAAGGAGUGAACAAACCAGAGUUGGUUACUGACUGCAUGGAGGGAUCACGCGCAAUUGUCACAAUAAGUGAAACAAAACUUGCUAUUGAGAAGUUGCUUGCGCAAGAGACUUUCUCAAGGGAUGAAUGCGACAGAUUGAUAAAGUUAAUACAAUCACGAGUUGUCGAUUCUCCAGAAUUUGUUCAUGAUGGAUCGGAAAGGGGGGUUACAAACAGGGGAACUGGUAAUGCUGUUGAUCCUUCAGGAGCAUGGCUAUCCUUGAAGCAGAAUAUGGGUCUACCAGAAUCACUUCAGUGCUCUCCCGGUGAUUUGAGUUCUCUUUCUCCGAGGACUCCUGCUUUUCGAGGAUGUACGCCUGAUGUCCACAGUGCAGCAGUUAUGGAGGCCAAGAAAUGGCUAGAGGAGAAAAAACUGUCAUCUAACUCCAAAGUUGAUUCUGUUUGUGGGCCUUGCACUUUGAACACCGAUAUGCUUAAUUAUGAUAUUCAUAAUAAAGAUGUUUCACCAGUGGAUUUGGCUAAAUCAUACAUGCAAUCCCUUCCUCCUUGGCAGUCUCCACGAUUUGGUAGUAGUGGUCUAAAAGCUCCAACACCUAGCAGGGUAGAUUUUUGCACGGAUGAGAACAAUGAUGCAACAACCAGCCAUUCUUUGCCCCCUUUCAAGGAUUUUAAGAGAAAGUAUCUUUCUGCCAGAUUGCGGGAAAGCUCGGACAACAAUCGUAGAGUCCGUUUGAAAUUGGCAGAAAAUAUGCUGGAGCAUCAUGAAUUCAAACAAUUUGAUGCACAACAAAAUAUAUUUCAAAAUGAAACUUUGAAGAUCUCAUCAGCAAUGGAUGAGAAAGGUGAAGAUGUUUUAGGGACGGAACGUUAUUCAGGUUCUUUACAAUCUGUGGAAACUUCUAGUGCUCCUAAGUCAUUGGCAGACUUACAUGUCAAAGAUGAUUGUUCAAAUGAUGGUCGUAGUUUACCUGAUAAAUCUGUCAAUGCGGACCCUCUAGUUUUAGCAGAUAAACCCUCUUCUAUUGUAAUAGCUUCAGAGACUAAAGAAACAGAUAAAGCAACGGAAUCAGCCAAUGAAACUGCACUGCGGACUAUCAGUUCUUUAGAUCCCACAGAAUCUAAGAUAGAGAGUGAACCUACAUUGUCCCCUGGUUUGGUAGAAAAUAAGGAUGUCGUAGAGCCUUUGCUAACCGAGCAAGAAUACAUUGUUGAUAGUGACAUUCCUCGUGGUUCUUUUGUUCCAGCUUCCACAUCAGUAGUGCAUGGUGGAGACCCAAUGGCUGAGAAGGCAGUUGUGACACCAGAUAUCACCAAGUCCACAAAAUUGUGUGAUGCUGAUGAUGUUAACAAUAUUGAUAAAAAUGUUCAAACCUCAAGUGCUAACACAACUGCGGUUGUGGGGAAUUUGGAAGCCAAUAACACUACAGAGUCAAAUCCAGAUGCAAAGCCGCAGCAAGGAAAUAUUUUCUUGCAGCAUGGAACAGAUGGACGGGCAAAUGAAUUGUCAACCAAUGGUGGAUCUGUGGAGUCAAAUGCCGAUCCACAGUCCUUUUGCGAGGAGGAUCAGAGCUAUACUCAUUGUGGUAACGGUGAGCAAACCAUGGGCAUCUCUGGAGAAACCUGUGAGCUUCAGAGUGAGGCUGCCAUUGAUACACCUGCUAUUCAUGGGGCAAGCAGUAUCACAGGUAACACCGAGAAUGGUAUACUAAUGAAGUCAAUUGAGCAGGUUCUGGUUGAACCUCAACCUAGUUCUAGCAGCCGCCGGAAAAGAGCAGUAGUCAAGGUAAAAAGAGGACGGGGACGGGGACGGGGGGGACGGGGAGCCAAGUGAUGAUCAACAAUAGAUCAUGCUCAUUGUACACUAGUUGUACCAAAACAAAAACACCAGUAGUUCGUAGUUUCCACUCGAUUGGCAUCCAUUUCCAAAGUCGGUGCCUGUAUCCACUGAAUGUGCUGUUGUAUCAUUUUAGGUUUCAUCAUCUUAAGGCAAGAGUUGUAGUAGUUUGUAGUUUUCACUCGAUCGGCAUCCAUUUCACUGGGUCUCCUGCCUUGCACCACCCAGCCUGUAAUAUUUUACGACCAAUCACCCGGGAAUCAUUGUGGAAUUUGUUUGUGACUUGACAUUUUACUCUCUGAUUGAUUUAAAUGUCGUACUGGAAAGUAGUUAUUUGCUUUA